AUGGCCGUCUGUGCUCGGCCAGCUCUGCGUCGUGUCGCAUCCGCGUUAUUCUUUGCCCCAAUUCCGUUCACCGCAACGUAUUACUACACAGUAAAGCAAGUGAAUGGAAUAAGCAUGCAGCCUACCCUGAAUCCGGACUUGUCUGGACAACGCGACGUGGUACUGUUCGACCGCUUCUCUGUUGCCGGUUUACAUCGGUAUGAGCGAGGAGACGUCGUUAUGGUCCGCUCGCCGUUUGAUGCGGGCAGUUUCCUGAUAAAGCGUAUUGUGGCACUGGAAGGCGACACCGUGAAAACAUUACCUCCAUAUCCGAAGAAAGAGGUCACGAUACCCCUAGGUCACUGCUGGAUCGAGGGCGAUCGAUCUAUGGACUCGGAAGACAGCAAUAGCAUCGGUCCCAUACCUGUCGCGCUAGUGGAGGCGAAGAUGGUCACUAUUUUGUUACCGUUGGAUAGGGCCCACGCUUGGCUACGAGGGGGCGCACAUCAGCGGCAGCUUGAACGCAGUGAACAAGUGCAACGCAAACGUGUGACGCGCGCACGACCAGGCUUGCCACCUCCGUCACUAUCUAAUUCAGCACAAAGAGUAGUGGUCCCAGUCGCAGAUGAACUGGACCCUGUAGCGGACGUCUCCAUACAGUCUACACGAGGGCGUUUACGCAGGGUGCUCGAAUUUGCGGGAUUUUGGCGUUCAUAG